GGCGGCCAAGGGACUGAAGUGGAUAGCGAGUCGUGACUGCAGGGUCGGCGGGGCGGGCAGGGCAGGGAGAUGGGCUCGCCGGGCGCCGAGAGCGCGGGGAAGAGCCUGCAGUACCGCGUGGACCACCUGCUCAGCGCCGUGGAGAGCGAGCUGCAGGCGGGCAGCGAGAAGGGGGACCCCACGGAGCGCCAGCUGCGCGUCGGCCUGGAGGAGAGCGAGCUGUGGCUGCGCUUUAAGGAGCUUACCAAUGAAAUGAUCGUUACCAAGAACGGCAGGAGGAUGUUCCCGGUACUGAAGGUGAAUGUGUCCGGCCUGGACCCCAACGCCAUGUACUCCUUCCUGUUGGACUUCGUGGCGGCCGACAGCCACCGCUGGAAGUUCGUGAACGGGGAGUGGGUGCCGGGCGGCAAGCCCGAGCCGCAGGCGCCCAGCUGCGUCUACAUCCACCCGGACUCCCCCAACUUUGGCGCGCACUGGAUGAAGGCGCCCGUCUCCUUCAGCAAAGUGAAGCUCACCAACAAGCUCAAUGGGGGCGGCCAGAUCAUGUUGAACUCCUUACACAAGUACGAGCCUCGGAUUCACAUCGUGAGAGUGGGCGGCCCGCAACGCAUGAUCACCAGCCACUGCUUUCCUGAGACCCAGUUCAUUGCGGUGACAGCCUACCAGAAUGAAGAGAUCACAGCUUUGAAAAUCAAAUACAACCCGUUUGCCAAAGCUUUCCUGGAUGCCAAGGAAAGAAGCGACCACAAGGACGUGAUGGAGGAGCCAGCAGACGGCCAGCAGCCGGGGUACUCCCAACCAGGGGGGUGGCUCCUCCCAGGAAGCAGCACCCUGUGCCCACCUGCCAGCCCCCACCCACAGUUCGGAGGCUCCUUGCCCCUGCCCUCGGCCCACGGCUGCGAGAGGUACCCAGCCCUGAGGAGCCACCGCUCGGCGCCCUACCCCAGCCCCUACGUUCACCGGAACAACUCGCCCACCUACCCCGACAGCCCCUCGGCCUGCUUGCCCGUGCUGCCAGCCCCUGACACUUGGUCCGGCCUCGGGGUGCCUGCUCAUGGGACCGUGCUCCACAAUGGCAGUCCGCCCACUGGCUCCAGCCAGUACCCCAGCCUGUGGUCGGUGAACAAUGGCACCAUCACUCCUGGCUCCCAGCCGGCCGCCGUGUCCAGCGGCCUGGGGACCCAGUUCUUCCGAGGUUCGCCCGCACACUACGCUCCCCUGCCCCAGGGCGUCCCGGCUGCCUCCUCGGGGUCCCCUCUGUAUGAAGGAGCUGCCAUGGUCACGGACAUUCCUGAGAGCCAGUACGAUGCCUCGGCCCAAGGCCGCCUUCUAGCUUCAUGGACGCCUGUGCCACCCCCCUCCAUGUGA